AUGCUCUCAUCUACACCUAACGUGAGAUUCAAUGUAACGCUAUGCGUUGCGUGCACAUUUGCAGUCGUACAGCUAAUCCUGAGCUUGUUCCUGCGAUUCUCUGUCAGUUGGUACAAUCCUAUCGCAUGGAUCUUUACCUUAUACAUACUUCUGCUACAACAUACAGGUUCGUUUAAGUGGAAUCGACUAUUUGGUGGACAUCUGUCACGACAACAACGUACAUUAUUCGAUGAAUGGAAUGUGAUGGAAACAUAUCAGCCCCGAGCAUGGACGAUGGGUUACUUGUUUGAUCCAGAACCACCUACACCAUAUUGCGACGGAAAACCUAGCGAACAGACCGAUCAGUUCAAGGCUAUGCGAGAUGCGCAUUAUGCUAACGAAUAUACUGUCGUGCAAAAGAUGGAAGCUGAAAGAAAAGCAAUGGAGGAGAGUAACAAAACCAGUAACCCUUCUAAAAGUCAGCAAACUACAUCCACUGGCGAACCAGAAGCUAUGCGUAUAGAGCUAAAUCCGGAACCUAAAGAUGAUCAAGAUUCUUAUAGAGAAAUAUGAGAUUUCGAUAAUCGA